AGCAGCUACAAACCUUAGUGUGUUUUAUAGUGUAUAUUCAAAAGUCAAUACAUUUGUUAGUCACAGCUAAGAUGAAACUGCAAAGGAAGAAGUCACAGUGGAGGCCUGGACUGGUGCUGUGCUGGGUUCUGCUCUGGAUCUCUCAGCAACCAGACUCCCUCUGCCGGGUGUCAGCCGUCAACCUGCGGCGCUUCAUUGGUUGUGCCGUCCGGGAGUUCACCUUCCUGGCCAAAAAGCCCGGCUGCGGAGGCCUGCACAUCACCACAGACGCCUGCUGGGGGCGCUGUGAGACCUGGGAGAAGCCCGUCCUGGACCCUCCCUUCAUCGAGUCCUACCAGCGGGUUUGUACCUACAACGAGACGCGCCUGCUGUCUGUGAAACUGCCCAACUGCCUGCCAAACGUCGACCCAACCUACACCUACCCCGUGGCUCUGAGAUGUGACUGUGACGUCUGUCUCACCAGCACCACUGAAUGUAUAACGUCUGUCUAACAGGCAGAAAAUAGAGUUAAAAAAACACUUGCUGCUAAAUUUGAUUAAUAAACAAUGCAAAAAGGAACAGGAUGAAAUGCUGGGUCAGGGUCAGGGUUAAUGCUGGGUUAUCUGAAGUUAUUCUAUGCCAGUUAGUUUAAUACAAAUAAAGACUGUUUGGCAUCGCUUGUUAAAUUUAGAUUGAUUGAAUUUCACCUUUGUGAAAAAGGGUUUGGUACGAUGGGUUUAUACAUCAGUACGUUUUAUAUUACAGUUCAUUUGGUAACUUUUCCU